AUGGCUGUCAAGACUGGUAUCGCUGUUGGUUUGAACAAGGGUAAGCAAGUUACUGCUAUGACCCCAGCUGCUAAGAUUUCUUACAAGAAGGGUGCUUCUUCUAACAGAACUAAGUUCGUCCGUUCUCUUGUUAGAGAAAUCGCUGGUCUAGCUCCAUACGAAAGAAGAUUGAUCGAUGUUCUAAGAAACACCGGUGAAAAGAAGGCCAAGAAGGUUGCUAAGAAGAGAUUAGGUACUCUAAAGAGAGCUAAGGCUAAGGUUGAAGAAAUGAACAACGUCAUUGCUGCUUCUCGUCGUCAUUAA